AUGAGAGUGGUGAAGGAGGAGAUCUCAGAUGACAAUGCCAAGUUGCCCUGCUUCAAUGGCCGGGUGGUGUCCUGGCUGGUGUCAGCUGAAGGCUCACACCCAGAGCCAGCUCCCUUCUGUGCUGAUAACCCAUCGGAGCUGCCACCUCCCAUGGAGCGCACAGGAGGCAUUGGGGACUCCCGGCCGCCAUCCUUCCAUCCUCAUGCUGGUGGGGGCAGCCAGGAGAACCUGGACAAUGACACAGAGACGGACUCCUUGGUGUCUGCCCAGCGGGAGCGGCCUCGCAGGAGGGACGGCCCAGAGCACACAACCCGGCUAAAUGGAACUGCAAAAGGGGAGCGGCGGCGAGAACCAGGGGGUUAUGACAGCUCGACUACCCUCAUGAGCAGCGAGUUGGAGACCACCAGCUUCUUUGAUUCCGAGGAGGAUGACUCCACCAGCAGGUAGGGCCUUGGUUUCAUGAGGACUGCAGUGCCACGCCUGAUGAGAAGACACAAGCGGCGGCGGCGGAAGCAGAAGGUUUCCCGGAUUGAGCGGUCCUCAUCCUUCAGCAGCAUCACGGACUCCACUAUGUCACUCAACAUCAUCACGGUCACUCUCAACAUGGAAAAGUAUAACUUCUUGGGCAUCUCCAUUGUGGGCCAAAGCAACGAGCGUGGUGACGGAGGCAUCUACAUUGGCUCUAUCAUGAAGGGUGGGGCCGUGGCUGCUGAUGGACGCAUCGAGCCAGGAGAUAUGCUGUUACAGGUAAACGAGAUCAACUUUGAGAACAUGAGUAAUGACGACGCAGUCCGGGUACUGCGGGAGAUUGUGCACAAACCAGGGCCCAUCACCCUGACUGUAGCCAAGUGCUGGGACCCAAGUCCACGUGGUUGCUUCACAUUGCCCAGGAGCGAGCCCAUCCGGCCCAUUGACCCUGCGGCCUGGGUCUCCCACACUGCAGCCAUGACUGGCACCUUCCCUGCCUACGGCAUGAGCCCCUCCCUGAGCACCAUCACCUCCACCAGCUCCUCUAUCACCAGCUCCAUCCCUGACACAGAGCGCCUAGACGACUUUCACCUGUCCAUCCACAGUGACAUGGCUGCCAUUGUGAAAGCCAUGGCCUCCCCUGAAUCCGGGCUGGAGGUCCGAGACCGCAUGUGGCUCAAGAUCACUAUCCCCAACGCUUUCAUCGGCUCGGAUGUGGUGGACUGGCUGUACCACAACGUGGAAGGCUUCACUGACCGGCGGGAAGCCCGCAAGUAUGCAAGCAACCUGCUGAAAGCUGGCUUCAUCCGCCACACUGUCAACAAGAUCACCUUCUCCGAGCAGUGCUACUACAUCUUCGGUGACCUCUGCGGCAACAUGGCCAACCUGUCCCUCCACGAUCACGACGGCUCCAGCGGUGCCUCUGACCAGGACACACUGGCCCCUUUGCCGCACCCGGGGGCUGCCCCUUGGCCCAUGGCUUUCCCCUACCAGUACCCGCCACCCCCGCACCCCUACAACCCGCACCCAGGCUUCCCGGAGCUGGGGUACAGCUACGGCGGGGGCAGUGCCAGCAGUCAGCACAGUGAAGGCAGCCGGAGCAGUGGCUCCAACCGCAGCGGCAGCGACCGGAGGAAAGAGAAAGACCCGAAGGCUGGAGACUCCAAGUCAGGUGGCAGCGGCAGCGAGUCGGACAUGGCCAACCUGUCCCUCCACGAUCACGACGGCUCCAGCGGUGCCUCUGACCAGGACACACUGGCCCCUUUGCCGCACCCGGGGGCUGCCCCUUGGCCCAUGGCUUUCCCCUACCAGUACCCGCCACCCCCGCACCCCUACAACCCGCACCCAGGCUUCCCGGAGCUGGGGUACAGCUACGGCGGGGGCAGUGCCAGCAGUCAGCACAGUGAAGGCAGCCGGAGCAGUGGCUCCAACCGCAGCGGCAGCGACCGGAGGAAAGAGAAAGACCCGAAGGCUGGAGACUCCAAGUCAGAUCACACGCACCCGAGCUACGGCCCCCCUGGCGUCCCCCCUCUCCAUGGCCCCCCCAUGCUGAUGAUGCCCCCACCGCCCGCGGCCAUGGGACCCCCAGGAGCGCCCCCAGGCCGUGACCUGGCCUCAGUGCCCCCCGAACUGACUGCCAGCAGACAGUCCUUCCGCAUGGCCAUGGGAAACCCCAGUGAGUUCUUUGUGGAUGUGAUGUGAACAGGGCCCCUCCCCACUUCCAUCCCACCUCUAACCUGGCUGGCUGCGUCCCUCUCUCCAUCUGUCCAGUCUUUUUUACUUUGGUACCUGAAAGGGAAAUAAACGGAACUAAAUCCA